CGCGCGCGCUUCCCCCUCCCGCAGAUUUGACAUUCUACACUGAAGUCAGCAUGGGCGUUUUCCAACUCCUGAUGAAAAAGAAGGAACUUAUUCCUUUGGCGGUGUUCAUAACUUUUGCUGCGGUCGGAGCCUCGUCUUUUGCUGUAUAUUCCCUUGGGAAAUCCGAUGUGAUUAUUGAUCGAAAAAGAAAUCCAGAACCUUGGGAAAAUGUGGAUCCUAAUGUACCUCAAAAGCUUGUAACAAUCAACCAACAAUGGAAGCCUAUUGAAGAGUUGCAGAAGAUCCGAAGAGCAACCAAAUGACCAGUCCUCACUUCUUUUUUCCAAAGAGUACUCUAUGAAUCUAGUGGAAACAUUUCUGCACAAACUAGAUUGUGGAUACCAGUGUGCGGAAAUGCUUCUGCUACAUUUUUAGGGUUUUCCUACAUAUUUUGGACUCUGGAUAAGGAAUUAAAGGUAGUGCAGCCAUAACCACAUAGUGCAAAAAUAAGUUGUUUAUGUUUAUUUUCCUGUUGUAAAUUUGAAUCUUGGCUAUUGAAAUUGUUACGUUUAUGAUACCUGAAUGUUUUUCUUAAAAUGUA